AUGUACAAGAUCACGGACAUCGACCGGAAGACGUGGACUUCGGCCGAUUGUAUAGAACUCCAGUGCUGGAAGUCGAUUGGGUUGUUGAUUCCCGGGGCGAAUUUCACCGACGGUGACGGCGCCGGCGUAAGGUUCCUGCAGUACUUCGAUGUGGUCAAAGCUGAAGCCAAGAAAAUCGUGUCUUCGGUGGCCAGAAAACGCACCAUGAUCGCUGUCGUGGACGCCCUGAGAGGUUACUUACAAACCAAGCUCUUGCCGCACGUCAGAGAGCAAUACUACUCGGGCCGGGCUUCUUACUAG